GGAGCAGGACGGAGUCAUGGACCCUGCCAGGAAAGUAGGCGCCCAGGCAGUGAUCCGGACGACAGGGCAGCUGUUGCUUCUGCUCCUUCUUGGAGGAGGAGCGCAGGCCCUGGAGUGCUACAGCUGCGUGCAGAAAGCAGAUGACGGAUGCUCUCCGCAGAAGAUCAAGACGGUGAAGUGCGCGCCGGGCGUGGACGUCUGCACAGAGGCCGUGGGGGCGGUGGAGACCAUCCACGGGCAGUUCUCGGUGGCAGUGCGGGGCUGCGGUUCGGGGCUCCCGGGCAAGAAUGACCGCGGCCUGGACCUUCACGGGCUUCUGGCCUUCAUUCAGCUGCAGCAGUGCUCCCAGGACCGCUGCAACACCAAACUCAACCUCACGUCGCGAGCGCUCAACCCCGCAGGCAAUGAGAGUGCGUACCCGCCCAACGGUGCCGAGUGCUACAGCUGCGUGGGGCUGAGCCGCGAGGCGUGCCAGGGCACGGCGCCGCCCGUCGUGAGCUGCUACAACGCCAGCGACCGGGUCUACAAGGGCUGCUUCGACGGUAACGUCACCCUGACGGCAGCGAAUGUGACUGUAUCCUUGCCUGUUCGGGGCUGUGUCCAGGACGAGUUCUGCACCCGGGAUGCGGUGACAGGCCCAGGGUUCACACUCAGUGGCUCCUGCUGCCAGGGGUCCCGCUGUAACUCGGACCUCCACAACAAGACCUUUUUCUCCCCUCGAAUCCCACCCCUUGUCCUGUUGCCGGCUCCUAAGCCCACCACUCUGGCCCCAACCACCUCUGUGACUACUUCUACCCCAGCCCCAACCACUGCUGUCUCUACCACCAAACCCACCUCAGCCCCAACCAGCCAGACUUCUCCACAGGAAGUACAUCCUGAGACCUCGUGGAAAGAGGAAUCUAGCUUGGCCGGAGGUGCUGCUGGCCACCAGGACCGUAGUAAUAUGGGGCAGUACCCUACAGAUGUGGCCUCUGGUAAAGGCUCUGCAACUUUCUCCAUUGGGUUGGCGGCCCUUCUGUUGGCUGUGACUGCUGGCAACUUACUAUGA